AUGCCGAUCAAAUUUUCAGCCGGUGAAGCAUCGAAUGUGAAUAAAUUGACGUCGGACAUCCUCGAUGCCGUGCAGUGUCAGGCUAAUGUAGUUUCUACCUUAUCGUCCUUUGAAGUCUCCGAGGGAGGACGCAAUCCCGCGGCUUCUUCUGUGCCAGAUAAGGUACCUUCGAAUAAGUUCUUCCUACUUCUGAAUGCAGUUAUAGCAGCGUUGUUCAUGCCCAGCCACCUCGAGUCGAACUUCUAUGCGUCUUCGAACCCCUUAAUCAUGUCCGAGGUGAACUUUGAACGGAGAACGGUACAGUCCAUCGGACAUAUGAAGUCUCGCACGAGAACCGACAUAGUUGCAGAAAAUCCAAGCAUGUGUGACCUGCGCGAGUCAGUGCGACUGCAGAAGGGUCACGUGCGUCGCGAUGGCCUAUCGUGGGAAAGUCGAAAGACGCGUCUCAUACCAAACCUCUGCCACUCACUCAUCGACGGCAAGGACACCGGCUCCACUUUCUCUUUUCCUGCUUACAAGAUGAACAGGCGACGCUCAGCUCGACUUAGAUCUUCCUUGGAUAACUCCUUUCAGAUCCCACUGGCGGUGAAUAGUACUGUAAACAAUCUAUUGCUAGAUGACGACGCGCUCGAACAUGACUUCUUUGACGGGAUGGACUACACGCUUAGCACCCCUGUUCCCGUGAAAGCUCCUUUUUCAGACUACUCUCCUAAGAAGCUAAAGCCGUACCAAGAAGUGUCGGGUGCGACUCGGUCUGAACAAGAGAACUUUGAGCAUAGCUAUGAUUAUGCAGAGGAGGAGCGGGAAGUAGAUAUGGGUAAUACGCCUACAAACGAAGAAACGCCACGCCGUAAACACACGCACGAUCCAGCUGACCGCGAAACGACGCCAACUCACCGAACACACGGAAGUAAGCGCAGUCAUACGCGCACAGUCAUAGCUUUAUCCUCGCCUGCUCCUGUAAUUGCUAGCCCCGUCGCGAGCGAAGAUUUCCUCACAAGUCCGAAUGAAAGUAAUAGCCGCACUGCUGCCGUCUACAGUCUGCGUCGCCGCACAAGGUCCCCGUCUGCAACGCCCAAGCCAAGACGUGGUCGUCAUACAGCUUCUUCAGCACAGCCUUCUUUACACUCUACGCCCGUCGGCGCCACUCCGAGUUCUUCCACGUCCCGGUCCGACAGACCUCAAUUACUUGCAGAAUGUCGAGAACCCGAAGCUCAUAUGUUGCACCACAAACAUGCGCCUUCCGCGCGCCAGCGCUCUGAUUCUCCCUUGCAAUCCGAAUCAGAUAUGGGAAUUGUGUUGACGCAAACAACCCUUGCAAGUAAGCUCAGCGACGAUCCGCGCUUGCCGGAAAAGAGACUGAGUGUGUCUCCCGGACCUUCACGCGUCAGGCGUCUUAACUCCUCGCAGAGAAGACAUUCGCGAUCACGCACUCGGAGUACAAGUCCGUUACCAUUCUCACGUGUCGGUCACGAUGCCGUUAUGUUGCCUAUCCAGGAAGAAGAUGAGGAUUUGCAAGCCAGGGACGAGCAACUGCCGAUCUCGAAGUCUCAGCAGGGUUCCGGGCCCUCUGCUCCGGCAGGGAAGGAGAUGAUGAUGACAAAGGAACGGAGGGUGCAGAGGAGUAAGUAUAGAAACACCCGAGCGGAGAAUGACCAGGUAGUGGAUACGAAUGCUUCAAGUUCGUCAGGUGCGGGCGCAGGACGGUCAAAACGAGAAGUACCAUUGUCUCCCAAAAGCGCGGCGAAACGUAGUGGUGACAACUUGGCUUCCCAACCUGCUCCGAAGAAGAGGAAGACGGGAAAAAUCGCUCAGUGUCCGAGUUCCAUACCGCCUAAAGAAGGAAGAUUACGAGUAUCGCCUGGUCAACGGAGUCCUGUUGACGAGACCACUACACAUUACUCGACUGCGGAGUUGCCGAUGGACAGCAUACAGGUCAUUACUGAUGCAGAGACGAACAUGCCGUAUAAACUACCGGUUGCUUCCGAGCUUAAUUUACGACCGCCUUCAGUACCCCUGUCUGCGUGUCCUUCACCUGAACUCCACUCUGAACCUGCAACGGGCGAUACUAGCAAGAAUCUCGUUCAUCACGAACUCAAUGAAACAAAUGAAGUUCAAGACUUUCUCUCGCGCUAUGCAAAGAAGUACGGUACUUUGACUGAAGCUUCUGCAAACAAUGUUCCGGUCAACCCAAGGCUGCCUUUGCCGCUUGCUUCAGCAGAAGGCAACAUCCAACCUGAUGUACCUUUAAUUUCGAAGCGAGUAUGGAAGGAAAACGCGUCCGCAGUUACUGUUCCGAAAGGCGAAUGCUCUCGGACUAAAGUGACACAAGCCCCUGCGAAUCCCGAGCUUAAAGGCAAAUUGAAAUCCAAAGCUUCUAAUGUGACAAAAGGCACCAGAAAUGUGAUCUCCGGUACAGCCAAAGUGUCAAGUUCGUGUUCCGCUUCUGGCGCAAAACCUGUUGAUAGUGGCGCUUCCAAAAAGACUCCAAUCCAGGACACAAUCGUUCUUAGUGAUACACGAGGAGUGUCUGAGGUUCCCAACCCUCCUAUGCUGGAAAUGCCGGUGUCUCACGGAGUAGAAGCUAGUCCGCUUCCGGAACAGGCAAUUAAUCGAGGUACAUCCAGGGGCUCUUUCAAGGUUAGAUCAGAAGUGGCCGCCCAAUGUCUCACGAGCGCCGGGAGGAAUGCGGGAGUGGGCGAGACCGCGGAUUCACAAAUAUCUGAGGUUUCUGUACCGGUCAUAGCUCGUUCGGUUGCAACCGAUCCUCUCACGGCGACCCCCGACUCAAGAACGUUAGAGGGAGGGGUAAAGCCGACUUCUGUUGUAGAAAAGAGAAGGACGGAACCGCCUAGCACGCAUGGCCAGGGGCCGGUAGUGGUAGCUCCUCCGAAAAAGGUGCCUAUCCGAAAUGGAACAACACAAAUGCACAAGAGGAUGGGGAGCUCUGAACCGCGGACGGAUGAUAUGUUCGCUCGGAAAAAACUUGAUAAUUAUUUGCAGAAGGGAAUAGACUUGACAGCACACUCGUCGCGACGCUUCGUCGAUAUGCCGGCACCAAAACCAAGCAUUUCGACUAAUCAACGCGAAUCAUAUUCUCAGAUGUCAAGGCAGGUUGGCUGGAAUAGGGCACCAUCUUCAAGUGCCAUCGGUACUACACUCAGUGUUGGAGAAUUUGUUGAUCCCACCGUGUCUAAUUAUUUACGUCCUAGGACACGUGCGAAGAAUCUACCUUCGGAGACGGGAGAUCAGAAGCAUACGCAAAGCAUGCCUACAGAUCUGGAAUGCAGAGAUCCUCCAAAUGGUAAAAAGCGUCGUGCUUCGCAACGAGACGCUUCAGAAACCCAUGGCGAGGACGCCGCAGAACCGAACUUUCAAAUACACGGCGAUGUCGGUCAGGAAACAAAUUGUACAUUAUCCGACUCCAGCCGCGGAUGCACCGAAAAUCCGCAGAUGCAGGUAGCUGAGGAUACUAGAAACAGGAGCACCAAUUCUACAGGCGUCAUCCUUGCAGAGCGUCUUGUCCAUAUUAGCCAAAGGAUUAUGGGCUCGUUCGGGUAUUUCCAAUAA